CAGUUUGAUUUCCGUUUGCAAAGUGAUCACUAGCACCGGUAUCUCCACACGUCAACCAAAAAGCAGCAAUUAAUUAAGUCGAGAAACCGAAUUGAUUACCGUGAAAUAAUGUUCAUCCAAAUUGUAGUUAACGCGUGUUUGGUAUUGGUCGGUAUACUGACUGUAUUAUACUUGUAUAUUCGUCGCCAAUUUACUUACUGGGAGCGACUAGGCGUGCCAUACGUGAAGCCGGACUCUUUUCUGGGCAACUUUGGGGAUUCCUUUAUGAAGAAGAGACCCAUGUCCGAAAUACUGAUUGAUGUAUACGAUAAAUCGAAGGGAAAAGGAUUUACUGGUGUAUGGAACUUUUUUUCGCCAACAUUGUUUCUGGCCAAUCCCGAGGUGCUGCGCGAUAUCAUGAUAAAGAAUUUCGACGCAUGGACCAACCGUGGAUUACCUUCGAAUCCAGAGUCCGAUCCACUUUCGCAGCAUGUAGCUGCCCUGGAUGGAAAAAAGUGGAAGGAUGUGAGAACGAAACUGACGCCAACAUUCACUUCUGCGAAACUCAAGCACAUGCAUUACUUGCUCCUAGAGUGCGGGAAGGACUUGGAGAAGUAUCUGGACUCGUUGGUUCCCAAAAAUGAGGCGAUCGAGGCCAGGGAGGUCAGUGCCAAGUUCACGACGGACGUAAUCGGCUCCUGCGCAUUUGGGAUUCAGAUGAAUUCACUGAGUGACGAAGACGCCGCCUUUCGUAAUAUGGGGAAAAAAAUGGUCGUUGGAACAAUCGGACAACGAUUUGCCAUUCUUGUGCUUCUGAUUUCGCCGUGGUUGUUCAAGAAACUGAAGCUCUCCCUAACACCACGAGUUGUGGAAGAGUUCUUCCUCAAAAUCACGAGCGAGGCCUUCGAGUAUCGAGAGAAGAACAACGUGCAGAGGCACGACUUCAUAGAUCUUUUGAGGAAUCUGAAAAACGUGGAUCAGCCACUUGGCGAGGGUGAAACAGUAUUCGAUGAUAAACUCCUGACUGCCCAGGCGUUUGUUUUCUUCGGUGCCGGUUUUGAGACGAGCUCUACAACGAUUGGAUACGCCCUUCACGAGCUGGCUGUUAACCAAGAUAUGCAAGACCGUCUGCGAAAGGAAUUGCGUGAAAUGAAGGCCUCUAAUCAGGGUGAAAUCACCUGGGAUGGUCUACAGGGUAUGAAGUACCUCGACAUGAUAUUUCAAGAAACGCUGAGAAAAUAUCCGGUUGUUCCGCAAAUCAGCAGAGUCUCAGUAAAGCCUUACCAACUUCCUGGUACGAAUGUGAUGUUACCGCCAGGAUCGAGAUGCAUAAUCCCAAUCUACGCCUUCCACCAUGAUCCGGCAUUCUUUCCGAAUCCUGAAAUAUUCGACCCCAAGAGGUUCACUGACGAGGCAAAGGCCCAGAGACGCCCUUUUACUUUUAUACCCUUUGGCGGUGGGCCCAGGAAUUGUAUAGGUUCUCGAUUCGCGGAACAACAGACGAAAAUUGGUAUCGUCAGUGCAAUCGACAAGUUCAAGCUUUCACUCUGCGAGAAGUCGCAAAAUCCUAUUCAGUAUAAAAAAGGCGCACAUUUUCUUCACGCGGAUCUCGGAGUUUGGAUCAAAGUAUCUCGCCUUAACGCUGAUAAUGAAUGACGACGUUUCUCUUCGUUUGAUGAAUACAACCGAUCGAAAAUUCCAACCCAAAUACAUUGCAGGAAGUGAAAAUUUUUGCAAGAAUUUUUACUUCACGUACAAACUAGUGCUACGAAGUUUAUUGACACAAAUGUCACUAAAAUAUAAUUUCCUGAUUAUUUCUAAACAUAGAUAUUUCAAUUUGUACCGUGUAUACGCAGAUGCAUUUAUAACAAAAAAAUAGCACAUUCCUUCAGAAUAUCAAACACGCUAGUUUGUAUGGACGAGAAUGUAAUAAUUUUAAACCUUAUUGACAAUGAGA